AUGGACAUGGAGAUUGUUGUGAAAGAUAACAGAGCAUCAGAAUUAGUCAUGCUGUCACAGCACGUGUCCUAUGCUCUAAGCCAUGAAGAGUUCUUGGCCGUGUGCUUGGCGUCUUCCCCAUUUGAUGGAAACUGUUCAGCUAGUUCUUCAGAAGAAAUUAUCUCAUGUGUAGCUGUAGAUAAUAUUACAUCUGUGGGAGGAGGAAAGUCAGCUACGUCUCCUGCACUUGAAAGUAGUGGCUUUAUGAAGAAGAGGUCCUGCAGUGCCAUGUCUGUUCCCCAGAACCUGGUGCUUCAGGGGGUGUCUCCUAUGUGUGUUGCUCCAGGGCUGUCCUCCCGUUGUGGCUGGGAUGUGUUUGCCUUCAGUCCUGUUGUCUGCGACGGCUCUCUGCCUGUUGAAGCAGAAUGUGCCUAUACACUCUUUGUCAUUGCCACGUUUUGGCUUACAGAAGCUUUACCUCUGUCAGUCACAGCUUUACUGCCUGGUUUAAUGUUUCCAUUGUUUGGGAUCAUGACUUCUAAGAAGGUGGCAUCUGCUUAUUUCAAAGAUUUUCACCUACUGCUAAUUGGAGUCAUCUGUUUAGCAACAUCAAUAGAAAAAUGGAAUUUGCACAGAAGGAUUGCUCUGAGAAUGGUGAUGACGGUGGGUGUGAACCCAACAUGGCUGACAUUGGGGUUCAUGAGCAGUACCGCCUUUUUAUCGAUGUGGCUUAGCAACACCUCCACGGCUGCCAUGGUGAUGCCCAUCGUGGAGGCCGUGGCACAGCAGAUCAUCAGCGCUGAAGCAGAGGUUGAGGCCACCCAGAUGACUCAUUUCAGUGGAUCAGUCAACCAUGGACUGGAAAUUGAUGGUAACACAUAAGGUGUUGAAACAAAUGAGAGGAAAGAAAAAACAAUACCAGUUCCAGGAUACAGUAAUGAUGCAGGAAAAAUUUCAAGCAAGAUGGAGCUGGAAAAGAACUCAGGCACAGGAACCAAGUAUCGAACAGAGAGGGACCACAUGAUGUGUAAACUUAUGUGCUUGUGUAUUGCUUACUCUUCUACCAUUGGUGGACUGACAACCAUCACCGGCACUUCUACCAACUUGAUCUUCUCUGAGCAUUUCAAUAUGCGCUACCCUGACUGUCACUGCAUUAACUUUGGAUCAUGGUUUAUGCUUUCCUUCCCGGCUGCUAUUAUUAUUCUGUUAUUGUCCUGGAUCUGGCUUCAGUGGCUUUUCCUAGGAUUCAAUUUUAAGGAGAUGUUCACAUGUGGCAAGACCAAAACAGCCAAACAAAAAGCUUGUGCUGAGGUGAUUAAACAAGAAUACCAAAAACUUGGGCCAAUGAGGUAUCAGGAAAUUGUGACCUUGGUCCUCUUCACUGUGAUGGCUCUGCUGUGGUUUAGCCGAGAUCCUGGGUUUGUCUCUGGUUGGUCUGCGCUUUUUCCCAAGUAUCCCGGUUUUGCUACAGAUUCAACUGUUGCCUUACUUAUAGGAAUCCUAUUCUUUCUUAUCCCAGCUAAGAGAUUGACUAAAACUACACCUACAGGAGAAAUUGUUGCUUUUGAUUAUUCUCCACUGAUUACUUGGAAAGAAUUCCAGUCAUUCAUGCCCUGGGAUAUAGCCAUUCUUGUUGGUGGAGGGUUUGCCUUGGCAGAUGGCUGUGAGGAAUCAGGACUGUCUAAGUGGAUAGGAAAUAAAUUAUCUCCUCUAGGUUCAUUACCAGUAUGGCUCAUCAUUCUGAUAUCUUCUUUGCUCGUCACAUCUUUAACAGAGGUAGCCAGCAAUCCAGCUACCAUUACCCUCCUUCUCCCUAUAUUAUCUCCAUUGGCUGAAGCCAUUCAAGUGAACCCUCUUUAUAUUUUGAUACCUUCUACUCUGUGUACUUCAUUUGCAUUCCUCCUACCAGUAGCAAAUCCGCCCAAUGCUAUUGUUUUUUCAUAUGGCCAUCUAAAAGUUAUUGACAUGGUUAAAGCUGGACUUGGCGUUAAUAUUGUGGGUGUUGCCGUGGUGAUGCUGGGCAUGUCCACGUGGAUCAGGGCUAUGUUUGACCUCUCUACUUACCCUUCUUGGGCUCCUCCAAUUAGUAAUGAGACCAUGCCAUGACAAGCAUGAAUGUUAUGACUAUCCUGUGGCACCCAGAAGUCAGAAGACACCACAUAAAUAAAAUUAACUGCAUUUUGAACCAGGCUCUAAGCUGGUUAAUGGAAACUGAGAUGAAUUGUUUCUGAAUGGAUAUCAACGCUCAUCCUUGCAAUUGGAACACCUGUCCC